AUGUCCUAUAACCCGUAUAACAUCAUCAACAACAACAACAACAACAACUCGCAGCAACAACAACCACAGCCCCCUCUGCCCCCGUUCGGUUCUACCAUCCAGCCGACGCCAUCACCCCUCCCACCACAGGGCUUACCAGGGCCUCUACCAGUGACAUACCCCAUGAUGCCACCUUAUGGUAUGAUGCCUGGCAUCCCUCUUAUACCCAAUCCUCCUAUGGCUGCUUACCCCACCCUUCCGCCGCCCUCUGGCUUCCCUGGAUUCCCAACGCCAGGCAGCAGCAUUCUCAUGCAACAACAACCCCAAGCAUUUGGCUCGCAGCCAGGGGUCGGUCGCAGGUUGUGGUAUCCUCAUAAUUCUGUCAUCAAGGUACCAGGAGGAGUGAUGGCACCCGAACAACAACUUCAACAGUAUCUAGCCAGUGCAAACCCAAUAUCGUCAAUGAUGAAAAGUGAAGGCCAUCAGCUUAGUGGUAUUGCUAACAGUAGCAGGAGUGAUGGUAUGAAGGAGAUUGAAGUCCAACAUCGAUCAACUCCUAGUGAUGGAAGCGGUCAACACGUUAAAACUGAUCCAGAUAAGCAUGAUGCCUCUCGGUCAUCCCAAGGGGAGACUGAGAAAGAGGACUCCACUAAUGCGAAGCCCGUUUUCAAGGAGCUUAGUCUAGACGAUUUGGUCGCUCCUCCGGGGCCGGCUUGUGUCCUGGAUGAUCCCAAAUUAAAAGCCGCUUAUGACUACUGUGAUACCACCACUGCAGCUGUUAUCGACGUUGCUAUCAGGCAAGCGACGGCACUGUGUGAGCGUGGAAUAGAGGAACAGUUCGAGGUGGCUGAGGCUGAAUUGAGGGUUGCCUCAAUAGAGGCAGAAAUGGAGGCCUAUAAGUGA